UUGUGAAUUGCUUCGACCUCUCCACUCCUUCAGACAUACACAUCCAUCGCAAAAAUGGCAGCACGUAGCGCCGCCCUCAAGCUCGACUGGGCCAAGGUCACCCAAUCCCUCGGCCUGCGAGGCCAGACCGUCACCUCCCUCCAGGCUUUCAAGACGCGCAACGAGAACGCCCGCCGAAAGGUCCAGCAGCUCUCCGAGCAGGCCACCACCGUCGACUUCGCCCAGUACCGUUCCACCCUCAAGAACCAGGCCGUCGUUGACGAGAUCGAGAGGCGCUUCAAGGAGUUCAAGCCCUCCACCUACGACCUGAGCCGCCAGCUCAAGGCCAUCGAGGCUUUCGAGGUCGAGGCUGUCAAGAACGCCGAGGCCACCAAGGAGAAGGUCGACCUCGAGCUCAAGGACCUCGAUGCUACCCUGAAGAACAUCGAGACUGCCAGGCCAUUCGAGGAGCUUACCGUGGACGAGGUUGCUGCUGCUGAGCCUUCCAUUGACGAGAAGACUGCCAAGCUGGUUUCCAAGGGCCGCUGGUCAGUUCCGGGGUACAAGGAGAAGUUUGGCGAUUUGUCCGUACUAUAAACGACAACGCCUUGCGUGUAUUUCCUUCCCCUUUGUGUACUCUAGCAUUGUAGAUAGGAGAACUGGGAGCGGACAUUGCAGAAACAAGCUGCGGAAUUCAGACAAAACUUCUAAUUCGA